AUGGCGAAUGUGCGUGACAGCGAUACUUCUUUGUGGCUUCAUAAUAAACUCGGAAUUUCGAACGAUUCCUGGACAGGAGGCUCAAUAUGUUCGCAAUUAAACGCGGAAGUUUUGAGGAACAUAAAAGACUGCUUCCCGGAUUUGCAGACACAGGUCAAAUUGAAAUUGUUGUUAAGUUUUUUCCAUAUCCCGCGCAGGAAUCUCGAAGAGUGGAAAUCCGAAUUGGAACAAAUUUUGGAUGUGGCCAUGGCAGACUCUGAAUUAUGGGUGUGUAUGUUGGCCGACACUUUACGAACUUAUCCGUCGACCGGAUCGCUAAACACGGAAAUAUCCGAUCUCGACGAAGUACGGCCGAUUUUUACCGACCUCGUGAACGACCUUCGACGAUUGGUUCGGAAGCAAAACGAACAAAACAUGCUACCCAUGGAAUGCCACUAUUUAAAUAAAGCCUCUCUCAUAUCAGUUGUUGGCAACAAGCCGGAACCAAUCAAGCAUUUUACCAUCAAAAAGAAACCCAAAUCGGCCUCUCUCAGGGCGGAACUGAUGCAAAAGUCCUCGGAUGCGGCGUCAAAUCUUAAAAAAUCCUCCGCGCCCGUUAUACCUGUUAGAUCCAGAGGCAUGCCCAGGAAGAUGACCGACACGACACCGUUGAAGGGUAUUCCAAGUCGAAUGACAACGCACGGAUUCAGAUCGGCGGGCUUAAAUGGAAACAUUAACAACAGGCCGUCUUUGACUAGACCGCCUGCAGGUAGAAAGGAGGGGGGUGUUAAAUUGCUGGAAAUAUCGGACCAACCGUUGGGAUAUGCGGCAGCUAAAAAGAGAAAGAAGUUGCAAGAAAUCGAGGAUGCAAAGAAAGCUACAGAAACCACUCCAGGUUUGCAAAGUCCUCCAUCAGCAGCUGGAGCAACACCAGAUUAUGCUGCAGGGCUUAGCUCCACUCCUGCUUAUGCGCCUGCUACACCACAACCUACUGUUACACCUGCAGCUUCAUCCACCUCCGUCCUGACGGUAACUCCGCCUGCGGCGCAAGCGGUCGCCGCCCCCCCUCUCACACCAACCACCCCCGCAGCGGUUGCCAUCCCGGUCGCUUCCGCCGCCGCGCAACCGCUUCCGCAACAGCCGCAGUACGUGGUUCAACCGUCGUCGGCGGCGGCGGGCGCCACCGUCGUCACCACCAUGCGUCCCGUACCGCCUCUCAUGCCGACGGCGGCGGCCGCCGCGGCUGCCGCCCAGAGGAUCGUCGCCACCGAUCAGACGGCGGCGGCCGCCGUUCUGGGGCAGGUGGUCGCCGGCGCGCCGGUGGUGGUGGCCCAAAGGCCCACGCAGGCGGUACCCACCGUCACGCAGAUCAGGAUCCAGCCGCAGCCGGCGGCCAAUGCGCUGCAAAGGAGGGGCCUCGCCCUUACGAGGGAACAAAUGUUGGAGGCGCAGGACAUGUUCCGCACGGCGAACAAGGUCACGCGUCCGGAAAAAGCGCUCAUUUUGGGCUUCAUGGCGGGCUCGCGCGACAACCCUUGCCCGCACCUCGGCAACAUCGUGACCAUAAAGCUGUCCGAGGACCAGGAAACGGUGCUGCAGCAAGACGACACGUACGCGAACAUGCUGGUGGAGACGCACUUCCAGAUGAACUACAACAACGGCGAGUGGAAGAGGAUCAAAAAGUACAGGGCCAUCGAGAACCUGCUCGACCAGAUACCGGCCGGCGCGCCCACGCCGGCCCUGGUCUGA